UUUUUUUUUCAUUUUAGAAAUGUCAUUCACGAAGCCCAUUAUAGAGCUAGCUCUUGGAGAAGCAGAUUGCCGCAUAAACUUCCAAAAUGAUGUGGAUGAUCUCAGAAAAAGAGUGGCAGAUCUAAAACGCAGAAGAAAUGAUAAAGUAGCAGAACUACGAAGUGUGGAUGACUUGGAAAAACAAGUUAAAGAAGAAGUGCAGGGAUGGCUUGAAGAUGCAAGGGAGGUCAUUGAAAUUGAAAUGCCAGAUAUUGAAGAACAGGUGCAGAAUGUUUCAUACUUGUCACGUGGUAACCUUGGGAGACGUGUUCGUCAAAAGAUUCAAGAUGUGAAGGAAAUUUACGAUCGAGGUAGUUUCCCUGAAGGUCUUGUAAUUGAAAGGUCUCCAACUAUUGGAAUCACUUUGCCAACAGAGAAUAUGGUGGGCAAGGUUAAUGUGAAGGAAAAAAUUUGGGAAUACUUAAUGGGUCACGGGGUUGAAAUUAUUGGAGUUUGUGGAAUUGGUGGAGUUGGCAAAACCACUGUUAUGAAACACAUCCAUAAUGAAUUACUGAAUGAGGCUGGCAGGUUUGAGAAGGUCGUCUGGGUUACAGUAUCACAUCCUCUCAAUGUUUACAGAUUGCAAGAUGACAUUGCUGGGGCAAUGAACAAGGCAACGAAGGAAAGUCUUUCAGAUUGUUGGGAUGAAUUGAACCGGGCAUCAAGACUGAUGGAGGCUAUGAAAAAAGUUAAAUAUGCACUGAUCUUAGAUGAUGUCUGGGAUAAAUUUACUCUUCACAGAAUUGGAAUCCCAGAACCAACAAUGGAAAAUGGGUGUAAAAUUGUUAUUACUAGUAGAUCGAUUGAUGUAUGCAACUACUUGAAAUGUCAGGUAGUUAAAGUGCCACCUCUACCAGGGCAAGAGUCUUUGACCUUGUUUUUAGAGAAGGUUGGGCAAGAUGUUCUACGAAUUCCCAAUUUGGAAGAGAUUUUGAGGCUUAUGGUGGCUGAAUGCGUUGGUUUGCCAUUGGCCAUUGUUGUCAUUGCGGGGAGCAUGAGGGGAGUACAAGAUAUUUUUGAGUGGAGAAAUGCAUUACGUGAAUUGCGUCAAUGCGUGGUGGACACACAGAAAGAUUCAGAGGACGAGAUAUUUAAACGUUUGAAGUUCAGUUAUGACCGGCUACCAAAUUCAAGCAUCCAAGAGUGUUUCUUAUAUUGCUCAUUGCAUCCGGAAGAUUGGGAGAUUAAAAGAAAAGACCUAAUUGAAGACUGGAUUUGUGAGGGAAUUGUUGAAAAAUUAGGAAGCAGAAGAGAAAUGCAUGAUAAAGGAAAUGCUAUUUUAAACAGGCUUUUAAACUGUUGUUUGUUAGAGGAAGCUAAUGAAAAGGUGUGUGUUAAGAUGCAUGAUGUUGUGAGGGACAUGGCAUUGCGCAUCAAGAGCACGGGUCCUGGUAGGUUUAUGGUAAAAGCAAGAAUGAGAUUGAGAAAGAUACCAGAUGAGGAUGAAUGGAAUGAAGAUCUAGACAAGGUCUCCCUAAUGACAAAUGAAAUAUCAUAUAUCCCUGAAAAUAUGUCCCCUAAAUGCUUGAUGCUCUCAACCUUGAUUUUGGAGGGUAAUAACAGAUUGAGACAAAUUUCAGAGUGUUUUUUUGCUAACAUGCCCCUGCUGAAGUUUCUUGAUCUUUCUAGAACUGGCAUUGAGGUUCUACCAGAUUCCAUAUGUAACUUGGAAUAUCUCACUGCACUGAUCCUCUGUGGAUGUGUGCGUUUAGAACGCAUGCCUUCCUUGUCAAAGCUUAAAGCACUGAAGAAGUUGGAUUUGGAUGGAGCAGGCCUUCGUGAGGCUCCUGAAGGCAUUGAAAUGUUAGAAAAUCUGGAAUAUCUUGAUUUAUCUUGUCCCAACCUGAGGGUGCUACCAGGGGGAAAAAUCAGUAAGCUUUUCUGUCUCCAAUUCCUACGUAAACAUCAGAUUUUUCCAACUGAAAUAAGGGGAGAAGAAGUAGCAGGUUUGAAGAUGCUGGAAUUGUUUGAAGGUGGAUUUGCUUGGCUGAAAGACUUCAGCAGUUUUGUUAAUAAGUUGAACCAUUUUGGAAGACCUAGUCAUUACUUUAUGAAAAUGGAAAGAACAACUUCUAAUCCAAUGGAAUUCAAAGUGGCUCGAUUCUGGAUUAGUUGGGAUUUAUUGUGUUCACCGGAUAUCGAGAAAUUAUUACAAGAAAAUAAAGUGAGACACAUAGACGAAGAUAAGGAGGGGUAUGUUUGGAAGUUCAACAAUAAUGGUCUUCCUAAACGGGAUUUGAUGAUUGAAUACUGCAAUGUGGUCGGUGAAAUUUCUAUUUUUCAAAAAGAUCCUACUCAAUUGCAAACAUGUGUUUUGAAAUAUUGCCCAGGGAUAGUGUGUGUGGUCUCUUUGUCAUCAUCUUCAUCUACUUCCUCGACAGUUAUGAAUAACCUUGAAUUACUAACUCUUGUGGGUUUGCCUGACUUGUGGAAUGUUGUUAAAGUGGAAAAAACAAGAGCAUCGCUUGCACCAACAAUAUCCCCUCACAUCUUUUCCAAUCUUAAAGAGCUGAGGGUAUGCGAUUGUUCAAAAUUGAAGAAGCUUUUUCCAUGUGAGCUGCUACUGGGUCAGGGCCUCCAAAACUUGGAGCUGAUUGAGGUGAAACAUUGUUGGGGAAUGGAGGAAAUAAUAGGAUGGGAAGAAAAAGAGGAAGGAAAUCAAACAACUACUCCAAUAUCGAUCACUCUUCCAAAAUUAAGGAUAUUGGAGUUGCAUUUCCUAUCAGAAUUGAAGAGAAUCUACCCCAAAAGAGGAGUAAUGGUUUGUGAAUCUCUCAAUAUUUUCAAAAUAUCGACCUGUGUGAAGGUCAAGAGGAUACCCCUUUGUCUUGGAAGGGAAAACGCACAACCAUCUUUUCCUGCUGUCAAAUCUAUCCAUAUUUUCAAUCCAAAAAAUUGGUGGGAAUCGUUGGAGUGGGAGAAUCCUGACGAUAAGAUUGUCCUUCUACCUUUCCUCAAAUGUAAUGAGCUCGGCUCAACUCAGGGAGCAAGCUCCGGAAUGGAUUUCCUGAGUCAUCCAUUGAAUAUCAAUCUGGUCAAUCUGUGUCCACUUUCUAAUGUGCAGCCCAGGCUGCAUCUUUUAUCAUCUGAAACCUAUUUCUUCAACUCAGCAACAUAUACAGCUCAGGAAAACAAAAAAAUUGGGACUCACACUCACUUCAAUCCAAUGCAAUCUCUGUUGUAAUUUGUUGUUUUGUGCUAUGGAUGAACUUUGUUUAAUUAAUGCUUGUUUAAGUACUAUUUGUUUUAUUUUGUGUUGUAAUAAGCAGUAAAACAUAUUUGAGAAA